ACAAACUGCAAAGAUUUUAUUUGCGGCUUUACAAGAUUCUUUAAAGAAUGAAGAACACGUCUUGUCCUCGCAUCAGCUUUGACUUCACAGGCAAAUUCCUGCCUCCUGUUUUCAUCUUAGUAUUCAUCAUUGGUCUGGUUGCUAAUGGAUGUGGAUUGAAGUUCUUGUGGCAGAAAUGGAAGAAACUAAAGAUGAUUAAAGUGUUUGUUCUCAACCUUGGACUUGCAGAUAUGUUGUAUCUGCUCACACUGCCAUUUUUGGUGGAUUACUACAUCAGGGACAGUCAGUGGAUCUUUGGAGAUGCAUUCUGCAAGAUAACAAGAUUCUUCUUCAACCUGAAUUUAUACGGCAGCAUUGGAUUCCUCACUUGUAUAAGUGUAUACAGGUACCUGGCUAUUGUUCAUCCAAUAAGAGUGAUGGGAAGAUUAACUGUCACCCAUUCUGUGACUAUCUCAGUCAUGGUUUGGCUGUUGGUGGGUGUUCAGUGUCUUCCAGACAUGUUCUACACCAAAACAUCUGAGAACAAGUCUGGGACAUGCUACGAGACCACCUCUACAGAACAUGUGGAGGAUUACCUGAAAUACAGCCUUGGAUGGACACUGACAGGGUUUUGUAUCCCAUUCCUCAUCACACUGGGCUGCUAUGGACAUGUGAUUGUUGUUCUCUGCCGCAAAAAUACAACUGACAAGGUACUGACACAGAAAUGCCUGAAGUUGUUAUUUAUUUUGAUCCUUCUCUUCUCUGUUUGUUACAUCCCCUUGCAUGUGUUAAAGAACAUAAAUCUCUGGUCAAGAGUUCUGAGCAAACAGAAGCUUUGCAGUGAAUGGUCUAAUGGAGUUUACAUCGCUCAUCAGAUAAGUCGUGGCCUUGUGUGUCUGAACAGUGCUCUCAACCCUCUGGUUUACCUCCAUGGAAAUGAGGAAAUUCCUGCUCAGCUCAGACAGCAGCUCCAGCGAGCUCAUCAGAUGUUCAGUCGUUCGCUUCCGUCAAACUCCGGCUCUGUGCCUGUGGCACAAACUGCAGACGAGGUUUAAGAAGAGUUAAGAUUUUAAUAUGAAUGGUUGAAUAACAAAUAGCUCAAACCACUGCUCCUACAAGUUUGCAGCUGUCCAUCACAGCUAGUGGUGUAAAUGAAACUGUCGGUCAUUCUCAGAAGUGUUGCAUUCUGUGUGUUUGUCAUGAUGCUGUCACCACAUGCUGUCAGAUCUUGCAAAUAAACGGGAAAUUCAG